AUGGACGAGUGGCUUUCUUCGCUGCACAGCACGCCUACCAAUGCCCCUACACCGGGCCAGGCCACGAGAAAGCUCCCAUACGAAGCAGACCAGUACGUGAUCAACGAGGAACAUGAUCAUACUGCUGUGGCGCAUUUCGACUUGGACCUGAUCGACUUCAUUAUGCCUGACGACUUGGGCCUGGGCCUGAAGGCCUUUCCUCCUCUGGCGUAUCCAGAUAAUACGCCUGCGCUACUUCCUAACGGUCAGAAUCAUAGCUUUCAACAGCACGCAGCACAAUUUCAGUCGCCGUUGUUACCUGGCCAAAAUGAAAAAUCUUAUAAUGAAGAACAUCUAUUUCAUAAACAAAGACAGCAGCAGAGCCAGAACCAACAUCUUCAUUCUCUGUCUCAUUCAUAUAACCAAACUUCUUCAGGGGUGCGCCCGGAUGCGGUGUUCACCCCGCUAGUUUCCCCAGCAGUGACGCCUUUGGAGCUGCAAGUCAACACCAACAACGGCGCCAACGCUCCCAUGCAAACGACGUUUGAGCCACUCACUUCUCCAGCACUCCACGCCCAACAAAGAAACGAAAGGCCGUCUUCUGAUAGGCGAAGACCUCUGUCUGCGACGUUUGGUCCCGAUGAUUACAGCAGUGGAGGCUCCACAAAACGUAGAACUCCUCAUACUACACCAAAUUUGGCUGCACACCCACACAAGUCCAAAAGAUCGCCGUCUUUACGCAAACCUUCGCAAGCUCAGCCUGUUUUCGAGCAGCUUCCUGAUAGUUCCUACGAUGCUAGCAUGGAUCUCCCCACAAAAUCUUCAGAAACAACACCGAUGUUACCGCCUCAGGGUAGAAAAGUGCCAAUGGACGGAUCUCUGAGCGGAGCCAACACGCCAACUUUCUCAGCCAAAAAUGCUCAGGGAGCUGGCCCAGCCACACUCAUGGGCUUCACUAUGAAUAGACUAGCAGAGCUGCAGAUCAACACCAGCAAUCUGUCACCGACUUCCGAGCCAAGAAGUGGUCGCCGUGAUGACCCAGUGCUGUCGAGAUCCUCUUUAAGUGGUCACCGUGUUUCAGUUAAGCAGGAAACGUCGCUGUCGGAGCCGUCGCCAGCCAUUGAUCCUCAGAAUGGUGACAUUCAAGAAGGAACUCGCAAACGAGAGAAAGGCCCAGGCAAAAAAGCAUCACACAAGAUAGCAGAACAAGGACGUCGAAACAGAAUGAAUCAAGCCGUGCACGAACUAGCCAACCUAAUACCACAACACUAUCACGAGCAAGUUACAAUUCCUUCAAAAGCUACCACGAUAGAGCUAGCGUCAAAGUACAUCAAUGCUCUCUUAAAGGAGCUUGAUGAGGUGAAGUCAAAGCUACCACAAGACAAUUCACACUCUGAAGCCACGAUGAAGAAGGAGAAAAGAGCGAAAUAG